AUGGAUUCGCGAAGGGAUAAUGUGAUUGUAGACGAGCCGGUGAAGCGACCCGAGCCCGUCAUGCAUGCUGGACAACGAGUUGAGGACGCUUUGACGAGCGAGCAGCCUGCUAACCAUACAAUGGGGACACGACCAAACAGGCGAUUUGCUGCGGAAUCUGCGCUGGACUUUGCUGCUUCGAGUGCCUGGAUUGUUGCUGCUAAACCCGCGCCAUGA